AUGGAAGAAGUGUCAAAGUCAUCUUUUCAAAAUAAUAUAAGGUGUAUAAAAAAGUUAAAUGAUAAUAAUGUAUAUACAGAUGGUGUAUCAAAAUACACAGAAAUAAUAAGAAUUUCACCGUUGUUAGUAUUUAUUUGUGGUGUUGUACCACCAUUAUUUGGUUCAAUAGUAUCUAUUUCACUUGCUCUUAUAUUUCAUAACUCUGCUAUAAGUAAUUAUCAUUGGCAAUGUGGAAAAGCAUUUUUACCAUCAUUAUCAAGAAUUAUAAAUCUUCCUAUUGAAAGAAUAUUUUGGCAAAUUCUUAUUUUAAUGCAUGUACCAAUACGCUUUCUUGAAAUAUGUGUACAGACUGAUAGAUAUGGCAGAUUUGAAAAUGUAGUUAAUGGAAAAUCUAAACUACAUACUAUAUUAAUCAAAAUAUAUACUAUUUCUGGGUUAUUAGAACUUGUUUUUAUUGGUUUUUUAUCGGUAAUAGGAGAAAGGGAAAAUGCACAACUUCAUGUAAUAUGUUUUUAUUUUUUUGGUAUUUUUGGAAUAACAUUUAUGAUAACAAAUACAAUUCUUCAUAGAAAAACACUAUAUUAUUGUAAACCAUAUGGAAUAUCUUCAUAUAAAUUAAAAAUUAUAUUUUUAUCUAUAUAUUGUACAAUUGCUCCAAUAAUGAUAUUUUCAUUUUAUUUAUAUUUCACAAAAUGUACAAAAUAUGCCUAUGAAGUAUUUGCGUUAUGUGAAUAUUUUGAAGUAGUGAUAAAUAUACUAUUUCAUUCAACAGCUUAUUUAGAUAUUAAAAAAAAAAUUGUUUUAUGUACACGUUAUGUAGAAAAAAAGUUUUUAAGUAACAAUAAUUUAAUUAAUUUUUUUCAAAUUACUAUAUACUUUUUUACAUCUGGAUUAUAUCUUUGGCAAUUUAUAAUAACAUGGAAAUGUAUGAAAUUUUUUGAAAUUGUUAAAUAUCAUCCAACAUAUUGUGCUGUAUCAAUGCCACCAGCAUACCUUAAUCAACUUUCAUGGCAAACAAAUAAUAAUAAAAUUAAUUCAUUAAGUUCUAUAUCUGUUAUUGGAAGUAAAGCAUUUGAAAAUGAUAAUUUUUAUACAUUAAAAAAUAAUUUACAUGAAUAUCAGAAUGAACUUAAUCAUUAUGAUGAGAAGACAGAAAAAUUUUAUAAAUCAUUCAUUGACAUUAAUUUAUUAUAA